UGCCGUCCCUGUCAGACACGUUGUAUAUAUCUACAAGGACGCCUCCCUGCACCGCCGCGGAUAUGUCUUACAGAACCACCCUUAUAUAUUGGAUCGGCCUGUGCCCAUAACCUCUAUUGAGAAAGGAUUAACCUCAAGGCUCUUUACUUUGCCAUCGUAGCUUCUCAAACUCCCCCACUCUCUUAAUUCCUUUGACGCUAUAUUAAAGGCGUUGACCCUUGUCCACCCUCGCCCACAAACAUCAAUCAUGAGGUUCCCCAGCGUGCUCACCCUUUUGGCCACAGCCCUCACCUGCUCGGCAUCGGUUCUCCCUGCCGGCCUGACCUACACCAAGACUGUCGAGGGCCGCGAUGUGACCGUCAGCGAGACAGACCUAGACAACUUCCGUUUCUAUGCGCAGUACAGCGCGGCGACCUACUGCAACGAUGCCGCCGCCUCAGGGGCCGCCGUCGCCUGCAGCAACGACGGAUGUCCCGCCGUCGUGGCCAACGGAGCCAAGAUCAUCCGUUCGCUGAACCAAGACACGUCCACCAACACUGCCGGCUACCUUGCACUCGACCCCAAGCGGAAGAACAUCGUGCUCGCCCUCCGUGGCUCCACGAGCCUCCGGAACUGGAUCACCAACCUGACUUUCCUGUGGACCCGCUGCGACUUUGUCCAGGACUGCAAGCUGCACACGGGCUUUGCCACAGCCUGGUCCCAGGUGCAGGCCGAUGUUCUGGCCGCCAUCGCCGACGCCAAGGCCCAGAACCCCGACUACACCGUCGUCGUGACGGGCCACUCCCUCGGCGGCGCCGUCGCCACCGUCGCGGGAGUCUACCUCCGCCAGCUGGGCUACCCCGUCGAGGUUUACACGUACGGCAGCCCGCGCAUCGGCAAUCAGGAGUUUGUGCAGUGGGUUUCCACGCAGGCCGGCAACGUCGAGUACCGCGUCACGCACAUCGACGACCCCGUCCCCCGCCUGCCGCCCAUCUUCCUCGGCUACAGGCACGUCACCCCCGAGUACUGGCUCAACUCUGGCACCUCCAACACGGUCAACUACACCGUCGCCGACAUCAAGGUCUGCGAGGGCUUCGCCAACAUCAACUGCAACGGCGGCAGCCUCGGCCUCGACACAAACGCCCACCUCUACUACCUCACCGACAUGAUCGCCUGCGGCUCCAACAAGUUCGUCUUCCGCCGCGACGACGCCAACGCCAUCAGUGACGCCGAGCUCGAGCAGAGGCUGACCAUGUACGCUCAAAUGGAUCGCGAGUUUGUUGCUGCGCUUGAAGCCAACAAGACCGUGGCUUAAAAAGUCUUGUUAUUCUUUUUUGGGGGGUUCUUCUCUUUUUGAUUUAUGGUUUUGAUGGAAAGCGACAUAUGGGUAACGAAUGUCAUUUAUGGAGUUGGGG